UAUUCUAUUUUUCAUUCAUUGUUUUUAAUAUUUUGGAAUGGAGUUAAGUUAACAAAGUAAAUUAAAUGCCCUCUAGAAAUAUUUUAUAACUAUUACUUACAGCUAUAUAUUGUAUGGUGGCUAAAAACACAAAUUAAAGGAUUUAAAAAAUGGGUUCUGAGCAGUCCAUGCCACCGAAAAAGCAACCACAGCGAGCUCCACCCGUGCGAAGAGGAUAUACUGUAGCUGGAACCAGCUUUGUUGAAGGGAGACGGGAUGCAUCGGCUAGUGGCAACAAUUCUCCUGGAGCUAGCAUGUGCUCAGAUUCAGAACUUCCAUAUAUAUCAUAUACUGUAGAUAGGCCUAUUGGUGAUUCACCAAAAAACACAGCAAAAAAUCGUGACGCCAAAAAAUCACUUCAAAGAAGACAAAUGGCUCAGGCGCAAGCUAGGAGAUCCCAACGGGCAAGAGAUAUUGUGGUUGUGAAGGCUGCUACAGAUACUCAGCUGGAUGAGGAUAUACGCAGGCUGCAGGAAAUCCCCACAUUUCUACCAAUCAUGAGGGGAACAUUGGGACUACCAGGUGCAAGGGAUCCAGAAGUCUUGGAAGGUCUAGACUACCGCCCAUGGGCGAGGUUAAGUUCCCGUCUUCAAGCUCAUUUAGCGGCAUGCGCACAUCCCUUAGCACAAACACAAGGAUUACUAACGUCACAAAUUAAACAAAUAGACACAGAAGUGUCCCGUCUUUAUAGUCAAGCGGUAGAACGACAAAGAAACAACGCACGACACGCGGAACGACUCGCGAGAGUUCGGGAAUUAUCACAUCAACUUGCAAGAUGUAAUUCAUUGCUAACACGGUCGCUCCAAGACGUUGAAGAGUUAAACCAGAUGUUGCCCGAGGACAAACGACUUGCGCCAUUCGUAUGGAAUUCACAGAAGUGUACUUGAAUUUUCCGAAUAAUCUGGAGCUGUUUAUAAUUCAGAAGCUAUUAUUGCGUUUGGUCAUGCAGGAAUUAUAU